GGUAACGAGCCCUUCAUGCUUUGUAUCAACAACACUAAAAGGAAGCUUAUUACAGCUUCUAAGUUUGGCAUCUGAGUGUUGGUGUUCCCAAUGCGGAUUCUCCCCGUUUUUCGAGGAGCAGUUCUGUGCUUCUACGUGUCCUUACUCUUUGCUGCAACUUUCUGCUAUGCCGGUGACAAGACAGUUGAGGUAGUUGGGACAGGAGAAUGUGCAGAUUGUGCAGAGAGUAACAUUAAGACUGUUCAUGCCUUUUCAGGGCUUCGAGUGACAAUUGAUUGCAAGCCUGAAAAUGGAGAGUUCAAAACAAGAGGGUUUGGUGAGCUUGACGAAGAAGGGAAGUUCAAAGUGUCUCUUCCAAGUGAGGUUGUGAAGGAUGGGAAAUUGAAGGAGGAAUGCUAUGCACAGCUUCACAGUGCAUCAGCUGCACCAUGCCCAUCCCAUGAUGGCCUAGAGUCCUCCAAGAUCGUCUUGAAGUCGAAAACUGAUGAGAAACACACAUUUGGGCUUGCAGGGAAACUGAAGUUUUCACCUGUGACUUGCACUUCAGCAUUCUUGUGGCCUCACUUCAAGUAUCCACCACUACCUAAAUUGCCUCCAUUGCCAAAAUGGAAACUUCCACCAUUGAAAGAUUUUCACCAUCCUUACCUAUUCCCACCUAAAGUCUUUCCUCCAUUCCCCCCGAAGGUGUUCCCACCUCUCCCACCAAAGCUCUUCCCUCCAAAGCCUUUUCCUCCACCACUUCCAGUCUACAAGAAGCCACUCCCACCUCCAGUUCCAAUCUACAAGCCAGAGCCAAAACCACCAGUUUUCAAGCCUCCUCCGGUCCCAAUCUACAAGAAGCCACUCCCACCUCCAGCUCCAAUUCCAAUCUACAAGCCAGAGCCAAAACCACCAGUCUUCAAGCCUCCUCCGGUCCCAAUCUACAAGAAGCCACUCCCACCUCCAGUUCCAAUCUACAAGAAGCCACUCCCACCUCCAGUUCCAAUCUACAAGCCAAAGCCCAAACCACCAGUUUUCAAGCCUCCUCCGGUCCCAAUCUACAAGCCAAAACCACCAGUCUUCAAGCUUCCUCCGGUCCCAAUCUAUAAGAAGCCACUCCCACCUCCAGUUCCAAUCUACAAGCCAAAGCCAAAACCACCAGUUUUCAAGCCUCCUCCGGUCCCAAUCUACAAGCCAAAACCACCAGUCUUCAAACCCCCUCCUGUUCCAGUCUACAAACCAAAGCCAAAACCACCAAUCUACAAGCCUCUCCCACCUCCUGUUCCCAUCUCCAAGCCUCUCCCUCCAAUCCCAAAGAUCCCUCCAUUUUAUAAGAAGCCAUUGCCCCCUCUUCCUAAGCUUCCCCCUCACCCCAAGAUUCCCCCAAUCUACAAGCCUAAACCACCAGUCUUCAAGCCCCCUCCCGUUCCAAUCUACAAACCAGAGCCAAAACCACCAAUCUACAAGCCUCUACCACCUCCCGUUCCCAUCUAUAAGCCUCUCCCUCCAAUCCCAAAGAUCCCUCCAUUUUACAAGAAGCCAUGCCCCCCUCUUCCUAAGCUUCCUCCUCACCCCAAGAUUCCUCCAAAGUACCUCAACCACCCCAAGUUUGGAAAAUGGCCUCCCUUGCCACCAUAUUCUCCCAUUCAUUAGGCUAUAUUGCAGCUUUCUUACCUGCAAGUAGGAUGAAUGUUGCUUCUCUCAAUUAUUUAUGACUGCUAGUGUGAAAUUCUCUGUGCUGUACUGAAAUAAAGCCUUCAAGAUAGGGAAAGAAAGCAAAAGAAGACAUCAUGGGGAGUGAAGAGCGCGGAUUGUUAUUUACUAAUUAUUACCUAUAUUGUCAGUGAACUCAAAUUGAUUGUCUUUGGGAAUUUCCUCUUUUCUUCUUGACUUGUAAAUUUCAUUUUCCAAUGCCUUUGCAAUAAUAUUAUAUGUCAUUUCUGUUAA